UAUCGCUAUAUUCUUUCUUAUAUGAUUCCUGUGUCCUAGCUUUUUUGCAUGAUAACCAACAUGGAUUCUGUAAAUAUUGAUGCUGCGGAUGAUCGCAACUUAACUCAGCGUCGUCAUUCUGUCGUUAACCAGUACAUGGCUUCUGGUGAUGUAGACAUGACGACUGAGGAGGAUGCAGCUCACGUUCAAGAUGCUAACAUUGCUACUAUCUUUGAUUUGUUUAUACGAUCGUAUGUAUCUGAGGGUGGUCAGUCCUAUAUUGAAGAAUUUGAGGAUUUAGAUGAUGCCAUGUCUGAUGAUGAGGAUGUUAGUGGUACGUACUGCUUAAACAACGAUCCUUCCAAGCCUCUAUUUUACAUGAAGCGUAUAUACACUUUAGUCGCUCGUAUGUCUCACUUUUCAGAGGUUUUAGUUGUUCAUCUUGACCAUAUACUUCGUUGGCGUCCUCCAGUUCAGGAGGCUGGAAUGAAUUUGAACAUGCAGUUAUACAAGUAUGUAGUGAAAUACUUUUUGCGUGUUCAUGAUGUUUUGGAAGACAAGCUACAGGACAUAGUUGACAGUAUAGCUUUAUCAUUUAACCGUGAGCCAAAGAAGUUGUUUUUACAGUUUCUUCACACCCCCAGUGUUGUCUAUCGGUUGAAGGACCUUCGUUGCCACAUGCUGGGUGAAUUGCUGACUAUUAGUGGUCAGGUAACUCGUACAUCAGACGUCCGUCCUGAGUUGAUAAGAGGCACAUUCAAAUGCAAGGCCUGUGGCAGUUUCAUUAGGGACAUUCGUCAAAAUUUCCGUUACACAGUUCCCAACAAGUGCAGUUCCAACAGUUGCAUGAACACAGCUGAAUGGGAAUUGGUGAUGGAACACUCUAUAUUCUGUGAUUGGCAGAAGGUUCGUAUUCAGGAGUUAGCUCAAGAGUCUGGUAUGAGUUCCAUGCCUCGAUCCAUUGAUGUUAUACUGCGUCAUUUGACAGUUGACCGUUUAAACGCUGGUGACCGCGUUACUAUAUCCGGUUCACUGAUUGUCCUUCCUGAUAUACCAACAUUACUUAAACCUGGUGAGAUGCCACGCAAGGUGAGCAAGCAGUCCAUGCGUCGCUUUGAAUCGCAUUUGAUAUCCCAGGGUCUCACGGGCAUACAUGGUGUUGGUACUAAGGAUCUGAACCACAAGCUAUCAUUCUUGGCUACUCAGGUCCGUCGUGUGAAUGACUACAAGUCACACGCUAAUGACAUUGUUGACUCUGGUGAUGGUUACCAGAUACGUGGUGAAGAUAUUCUUAGGUUACCUAAUUUUGACUGGUUGCGUCGUAUAGCUCAAUGUCACAAUACUAUAGACCGUCUUGCUGUAUGUGUAGCUCCUAAGAUUUGGGGUCAUUCUGAGAUAAAGAAGGGUAUCCUGUUGAUGAUGGUUGGUGGUGUUCAUAAAUCGUCUAGUAACAGCAAGCUGCGUGGUGACAUUAAUGUCUGUUUGGUUGGUGAUCCUUCUACAGCUAAAAGUCAAUUUUUAAAGUUUGUUGAGGGAUUUGCUCCUCGUGCUAUUAAUACUUCAGGUAAGGGUUCUACGGCAGCAGGUCUUACUGCGGCUGUCCAUCGUGACCCUGACAGUGGCGAAUUUGUUUUAGAGGCUGGUGCUUUGAUGUAUGCCGAUAAGGGUAUAUGUUGCAUUGAUGAGUUUGACAAGAUGAGUGAGCGUGAUCGUGUAGCUAUUCACGAAGCCAUGGAACAGCAAACUAUCUCAAUUGCUAAGGCUGGUAUUCAGGCUACAUUAAACGCUCGCGCAUCUGUAUUGGCUGUAUGUAACCCUAGGUAUGGUCGAUAUGACCAGAGUAAAUCGUUUGCUAGUAAUGUCAACCUUCCACCUCCACUACUUUCUCGUUUCGAUUUGUUAUACACUAUGCUUGACGAGGCUGAUGAGGAGAUUGACGCUAAGAUCGCAUGGCACAUUACCGGACUUCAUGGCCCUGGUGCGUAUAAGAGUAGUGACGUGAUCGGUUCCUCUGAGGAGCAUGCUGACUCUGAGAUACCCUUUGAUCAGGAGUUCAAUCCUCCGUUGACUUUGGAUGAACUCAAGUUGUACAUAGAGCUUGCGAAACGCAUAAAGCCCUUGAUGCAGGAUUCUGCUAAACACAAGCUAGCUCAGUACUACGUCGGUCUUCGUAAUGGUGACGCUCAAUCUGCCAAGCGUUCCUUGCGCAUAACUGUACGACAGCUAGAGUCACUUGUAAGGCUCAGUGAGGCCAUAGCGCGUCUCAAGUUUUCUGAUUUUGUGGAUGAAUCUCACGUUGAUGAGGCCUACAACAUCUUUAAGUCAUCCCUGCUACGUUUAUCUAACAAGGACUUAAUAGUUCUUGAGGGUGAAUCUGGAGAGAAGGAUGCUGAGAUGGAUGGCAGUGAUGAUGAAUACGUUGAGGAGCACCGCCCUGCUGAGACUGCCGGAAAUUCAGAUCUCAUACGUAUCGGUAUGAAUGAGUAUGAGGCUAUAUCUGCGGUGUUGCUUGACCGCGUCAGUGAGCAUCAGUUACUUGAUGAAGAGGUUGCAUCCAACGAGUUGAUUGAGUGGUAUGUCCAGAACGUAGUGGUUCCAAGGACCCCGGAAGAUGCUGAUGCUUGGAACUUACGUUUACAGCGUGUAGUACACCGUCUAGUAUACGUUGACAAGAAGUUAUUGGCACGUCGUCGUGAUGAUGACAUUCCCAAUGUAUUCCGUCUUCGUGUUCACCCCAACUACUAUUCAUCAUCUCACAUAUGGAAGCGUGAUUCCAUUGCUGAGACUACGGAAUCUGAAGAGGCUCGUGAGUCUGAUGCCGAUGAUGGUCUUUUUUAGGUAUACAUAUUCCCAUUCACUGGGCAUUACAUCGCUA